AUGGCCAAUAACGUCGGAACUGUCCGGAAAUUAUCGACCAGCGCCGUAAAGGCCGUGACGCGACGCGUGUUUUCAAAGACUUCUGGGAUACUUGGCCUUUCACCUCGUGCUCGGCGGCAAAGGAGCUGUGUAUUUUUAAAACAGGGAAAAAAUAAUUCAGAAAUGUCGGAUGAUUUACUUGAAAAAAUCGUCGAAAUUGAUUCGGAAGUCGCAGAGAAUUUAAAGG